AUGUUGGAGAGAGCUGAUUUUGUCAAGUUUUUUGUCAGGUUUCUUAACAAAGUUUGCGUGAUUAGAGACCCAGAGAAGGGCAUAGACUUGGAUGGUUGGGCUAGAGAUCCAUGGAAUCUCUGCACGGUAAAACAAGUUGAAGAGUUGAAAGCAUUGAUCAAAGUGCUUCCCAUUUGGUCUACUGGGAUCAUGAUUACCGCAACCAUAAGCCAACAGUCAUUUCCAGUGCUCCAAGCGAGCGUCAUGGACAGGCACUUAUUUGCAGGCUUACAAAUUCCAGCAGGUUCCUUUGGUGUGUUUGCAAUGAUUACUUUGACAAUAUGGGUAGCAAUCUAUGAUAGAAUUAUAGUCCCCUUGCUAUCUAAGUUCACUAAACGGUCACGAGGACUUACCAUGAAAGAAAGAAUGGGCACGGGGUUAGGAAUUUCGUGUGUGGCAACAGCAGAUGCAGCAAUAGUGGAGAGCAAGCGGCGAGCAGCAGCAAUCAGACAAGGACUGGCUGAUAAUCCCAAUGCAAUGGUGCACGUGUCUGCAAUGUGGUUAGUACCACAAUACAGCCUGAUAGGAUUAGCCGAAGUUCUCAAUGCAAUUGGGCAAAGAGAGUUCUACUACUCUCAGUUCCCUAAGAGCAUGGCUAGCAUCGGAGUGGCACUUUUUACCCUUGGCAUGGCUGUGGGAAACUUGGUUGGGAGUCUUAUAGUUGAAAUUUUGAAUAUUGAGACUAAAAAACUUGGGAAGGUGAGUUGGGUAUCAAACAACCUUAAUAAGGGUCAUUAUGACUAUUAUUAUUGGCUUCUUACAAUUCUAAGCUUGAUUAAUGUCUUGUAUUUCUUGGUCUGCACUUGGGCCGUUGGAUCUACUGAGAACGAAAACAAAAUAGAGUGGGGUGAAAGGGAAGAAAUAAAGGAGGAAGAAGCAGAAGUCCAUGCCAGGGGAUCCCCCACUAUUUAUGCUCUUUGA